GAGCGUCAGGCAAGAAGUGCGUGAUGUCGGAGCCGCCCGCGCACGAGGCGCCCCCGCCCCCCGCGCCCGCCGUCAUGAUCCCGCGCGCGCGGCUGCACCCCCACCACCAAGACAGCCGAGAGAAUAUUUCAAAGAAGCUUAGCCUAGAACUGAGUAGCGAGGCGAAGCUGAUCAGCUACUUGGAGUCAGGAGCUGUCAACAAUGAUGAAGAGAUGAGAAGGAAGCAUAGUAUGGAAUCUUCUUACAGCGCGAAUAAGGACAGGCAUAAUAAACAAGGAGCGCUAGUAUCAGCUGGAUUCAAAGUGUCGACGACCAUCAGGCCUGAUGAAGCCAACAUCAAAGAAGACAGGGACGACCUAUCAUCAGUACACAAGGCGGACCUCGAAGCGGACUUAGCAAGAUUCGAUUCCCUGCGGAAAUCUUACAGUCAAGAAGACAUUUCGGAAUGGACGGAUGCUGAGAGAAGAAUUGGUGAACUGACUCUAUCAGAGGCUCGUUCGAUUGGAGGAACGUUACCUGCUAGCACAGGGAGAGCUGCAUCGUCUACUCGUCUUACACAUCAGGAGGCCAACACCAUGGCUGAGCGAGACCUUGGAUCCACUUUCCUCCUGCCGCACGUGCACCUCUAUAAACCGGACCUUACGAGUGAUGUUUCAGAGUUCGAUUCAUUGUGAGGGCUUUUCAAGAGUCAAUCAUAGUAUUUUCAAGCACUGAUUUAUUUUCUAUGACUUUACUUAUUUUUACCCUAUGAGGCGUUACUUUACCACCAAAGUGAAGACUUAUUUAUUAACUAUUUAUUCUUAUUUAUUAUCUUACUUUAAAUCCAUUGUUGAUUUUGAUUGUUAACUUCUAA